UCUACCUGUCUGUCUGCUAUUUCCUCCUGGAUGCACUCGCAUCACCUCAAACUCAACCUAUCUAAAUCUGACCUCCUUUUCUUUCCCUCCUCCUCCCCCUCCUCUGAUCUCUCUAUCUCUGUUCCUCUGGAAUCUACCACACUCUCUCCCUCUUCCUCAGCUAAGAACCUUGGAGUCACCCUGGACCCCUGCCUCUCUUAUUCCCAGCACAUCUCCACUCUGGCACGCACUUGCAGAUUCUUCCUGAGCAACAUCCGAAGAAUCCGACCCUUCCUCACCAACUAUGCUACCCAGCUCCUGGUCCAGGCCCUGGUACUCUCCCGCCUAGACUACUGCAACUCCCUCCUGGCUGGCCUCCCUGCGUCCGCCACCCGUCCGCUCCAGCUCAUCCAGAACUCUGCUGCUCGCCUGGUGUUCUCUCUACCUCGCUUCGCCCACGCUACUCCACUACUCCGCUCGCUCCACUGGCUCCCGAUCACCGCUCGCAUCCAGUUCAAGACUCUUGUACUAGCCUACAGAUGCCUUGAUCAGACUGCACCCAGCUACCUCCAGACCCUCAUCUCUCCCUACACCCCCACUCGACCUCUCCGCUCCGCCUGCACUAGAAGACUGGCUCCACCUCCGCUACGCUCCCCUGCCUCCCGAGCCCGCUCCUUCUCCACCCUUGCUCCGCAGUGGUGGAACGACCUUCCUACAGAUGUCAGGACUGCCCAGUCCCUGACCACAUUCCGGCGCCUCCUUAAGACUCACCUCUUCAAACAGCACCUGUAGAACUCCUCUGUUGUAUCCUGGGACACUAUCACCCUUCAUUUAAAUAUGCUUUAUUUUGCUCUUAUCUGCCCCCUAUUUUACUGCAUUUAAUCCUGUACCUCAGAAUAUUGUAAUCUGCCAAGUGUUUAAUCUGUAGUAUUUUGUACUUAAUCAUAUCCUGAUGUAACUAUCACUAUUUAAUCAUAUCCUGAUGUAACUUUCACUAUUAUCUGCUGUAUUAUUGAAUUGUGGUUUGUCACACUUGAGAAUUAUUGUAUUUCUUGUUCUUAUUGUAUGACUUAUAUUGUAACACUUGAAUGUAUUUGCUUGCGAUUGUAAGUCGCCCUGGAUAAGGGCGUCUGCUAAG